AUGUGUCACGCAGACGAUGCGGCCGAAGAUUUCAUCCGCGAUAUAGCAGGAGCAACGAUUUCUUUCGACGAGUUUGGUGAUGUUGACAGCAUAUCUCUUCCAACUGACUUUUCUGUUGCACGUAUCACUGGUCUUCCUGCACAAAGCACACAACAGAUGGUUGCCGAUAUUAUCCGCGAAAUGCAGCUUGACAUCGCAGCCGACUGUAUCCGCAUCCCCAAACAAGACUCAACAUUGGGGACUAUGGCCGUUGUGAGAGUAAAAGACCCACUGUUUGCACGCAAGUUAAGUGACAAGGUUCGGCAACGCGCUUCGGGACUACAAGUCACACCACUUCCGAUCGAUUCGAAGCCUUCAAAUGCUAGGAAGGUCUACAUAUCAUGGCACAAACCCACGCGCACUGUCUGGUUGAACAUUGGCCCUGGCAACAACUCAAAUGUAAUAGCGGAACGAUUCAGAAAGGGCGAAUAUAAGAUCUUGGGCCAGGCGGUCAAAGCGACUGCUCAAAAGGCAACAGAACAUGGCCUUUACAUCUGCUACAACCCUGUAACUCGGACUGUUGUUCUGAGCGAUGUUCCCGGUGCAGCAAAAUCCAAGGAUGUGGAAUUAGCCAUACGGCGACAAAGCGACAAGCCAGCACACAUCGAAAUGGGCAAACGUAGCUACGUGGCUUCAGAUGCAGAGGUCAGUGUGGACGUCCGGUCCCGCCUGGAACAGCAUGGUCCACUUGAGAGCUUCUAUAUGCCGCCCACUCAUUACGGCAAACGCGUAAAAGUUAUCGCUCUGUUCCGCGACGAGGCAGAUGCUCGAUCGGCAUGUUCCUUGAACAACACUCAGAUGCAUACGUUAGGUAAAGGCAAACUGACUGUGACACUAAUCCAGGGAGUAAAAUGUAAGAUUUCUACGGCAAUCUACACUGCCUCGAAAAGCAGAGUUGAUCAAGAGAGCCAAAAAUGGAGAGAACAGCACCUCACGUUUCAUGUUUAUCACGAUAUACAUAAGCACUUCACGACUUUGAAGGUCGAAGGCGAUGACGCGAAGAUUGUGGCCAACGCACGCAAGGUUUUGGAUGAUAUAUUCCGCGGGAACCUGCUGGUGGACGGAGAAUUGGGUCUGUGGAGCACGGUGCUCAACAACAAUGGGAGCGCAUACAAGAAACUGAAAGCGAUUGAGAAAGAACUCGACAUAGUAAUCAGCAGGGAUAAGUCCAAGAGGCAGUUACAUUACCAUGGCCCGCCAGACAAGCUCGACCAGACAAUUCACCGAGUGAAGGAUCUACUCAAGAACGAGCCAGCGACGGUUCAUGACAUCAAUCUCAAUACGGUACAGUUUGCUUGGGCAAUACAAGGCGGCUUCAAGAGUGUCCAACAGACUUUGGGCGAUGACGUUGCGGUCUUCGACAUAGUCUCUAAGAAGAUAGCCAUUCAUGGCACAACUCAACAGCAUGAAGUGGCUUUGGACGUCUUAGCUGGUAAACGUACCAUUACAGCUCUCCGUCCAACGGUGCCAACAUCCACUACACACAAGGACUGUCCCAUUUGCUUUUGCGAAGCCGAGAACCCCAUCUCAACAUCCUGCAACCACACCUAUUGCCUGGAGUGCUUCGAAGAGUGUUGCAAGGCCGCGGCAUCCAGUGGCACAGUGGCCUUCCAAGUCAAGUGCCAGGGUGACGAAGGGAAAUGCAGCCACGUCUUCACACUGCGGGAGUUGAGAGACAGUGUUUCUUCCGCAGUCUUCGAGACAGUCCUUCAGUCUUCGUUUGAAGACCACAUCAAACAGCGUCCCGAUCUUUUCCACUACUGUCCAACACCUGAUUGCGGCUACAUCUACCGAUGCACGGUCACUUCAGGCGCAGACCGCCCAAUGUACACUUGCUCCAACUGCCUUGAAAUGGUUUGUACCUCAUGUCAUGCACUCCACGGGCGCUACACGUGUGCAGAGUACAAAGACAUCCAGUCGGGCGGCUACGAGGCACUGGAGAAGCUCAAGAAAGAGCUCAACAUCAAGGAUUGUCCGAAAUGCUCAACCCCAAUGGAGAAGACGGAGGGCUGCAACCAUAUGACUUGCGGUGGCUGCAAGGCACAUAUAUGCUGGGUGUGUAUGGGGGUGUUCUCCACGAGCUCGCAGUGCUACGAUCACAUGAGCGAGAAGCAUGGCGGUAUUGGACUCGGACUUGAGCGCUUCAUGUAUUGA